CGUCGCCGUCGGAGGUACGUGCCUUGGGUUUGCCUCGCCGUCGCGGCCGCCCCGUUCCUGCAUCCCCGCCCUCAGCCUUGGCCCGGGGCCCAGCCGCUCUCCCUGCUCUCCUCCCCUAAACCACCCCCCGGGUUUCUGCCGUCGAGGCCCCGGGGCCAGGCGAACGAUGCCGUCGGAGAGCGGAGCGGAGUGCUCGGACCAGGCGGCAGCGCAGGUGGGGACGGCUGCAGCCUCGGCGGUGGCCCCGGCGGCCCCGGCGGCCCCAGCGGGCGGCGGCCCCGACCCGGAGACCUCCUUGGCCUCCCUGGGACGGCACCUGAGCGGGCUGGGCUGGCCGCAGGUGCGGCGGCUGGACGCGCUGCUGAGCGAGCCCAUUCCCAUCCACGGGCGCGGCAACUUCCCCACGCUGAGCGUGCAGCCCCGGCAGAUCGUGCAGGUGGUCCGGAAAAGCUUGGAGGAGCAGGGACUGUGCGUGCACAGCGUGCGGUUGCACGGCUCCGCUGCCAGCCAUGUACUGCAUCCCGAGAGCGGCCUGGGCUACAAGGACCUGGACCUGGUGUUCCGGGUGGACCUGCGCAGCGAGGCGUCCUUCCAGCUGACCAAGGCCGUGGUGCUGGCCUGCCUGCUGGACUUCCUGCCGGCCGGGGUGAGCAGGGCCAAGAUCACGCCACUGACACUCAAGGAGGCGUACGUGCAGAAGCUGGUGAAAGUGUGCACCGACACGGACCGCUGGAGCCUCAUCUCCCUGUCCAACAAGAGUGGCAAGAAUGUGGAGCUCAAGUUUGUGGACUCAGUGAGACGCCAGUUCGAGUUCAGCGUGGACUCCUUCCAGAUCAUCCUGGACUCCCUGCUGCUCUUUGGCCAGUGCUCGUCCACACCCAUGUCUGAGGCCUUCCACCCCACUGUGAUCGGUGAGAGCCUAUACGGGGACUUCGCCGAGGCCCUAGAACACCUGCAGCACCGGGUCAUCGCCACGCGCAGCCCAGAGGAGAUCCGGGGUGGGGGCCUGCUCAAAUACUGCCACCUCCUGGUGCGGGGCUUCCGGCCACGGCCCAGCACCGACACGCGUGCCUUGCAGCGGUACAUGUGCUCCCGCUUCUUCAUCGACUUUCCCGACCUGGUGGAACAGCAGCGCACCCUGGAGCGCUACCUGGAGGCCCACUUUGGUGGGGCAGACAUGGCUCGCCGCUACGCCUGCCUGGUGACGCUGCACCAGGUGGUCAACGAGAGCACCGUGUGCCUCAUGAGCCACGAGCGGCGCCAGACGCUGGACCUCAUUGCCGCCCUGGCCCUCCAGGCGCUGGCGGAGCAGGGCCCCGCUGCCACGGCUGCCCUGGCCUGGCGCCCUCCGGGCCCUGAUGGGGUUGUACCAGCCACUGUCAAUUACUAUGUGACCCCCAUGCAGCCUCUGCUGGCGGGAGCCCACUCCUAUCCCACCUGGCUGCCUUGCAACUGACUGGACUCUGGCUGGAAGGGACAGGUGGCUCAUGGGGUGGGGUGGGGACACCGGGAGCGCGUGGCGGUUAUGACCAAAGAUGGGCUCCCUGGGCCAGCUCGCCCAGCACUGAUGCAAGGUUGGGCCUUCAACUGAACAGAACAAACCUCCCCGAGUUAGGCCCCCUGUGGGCUGAAAACCCAGCUGGAGCUCCUGGUAGGGGGAGCCCUUUGGCCACUGCACACUGUGUUUUGUGGGGUUUUUUGUUGUUGUUGUUGUUUUAAAGACCAUCAUGAUUGUGGAGUCCAGGGAGCUACUUGUCCUGAGAGUCAGGUGCUUCCAGGAGACAAAGCAGAUUUGAGUGGUGACGGCCCCAGUGCCCAGCAUCUUGGGGUUAAUUGCUAUGGCCUAGAAAGGGUCCUAUGGAUUAGGGCCAGCCUACACACACUGGCUAAGGGCAGCACAUGACAGGAACUACUCACUUCCGCUCAGGCUGGGCCACUAACAAAUUUCCCUCCACCCAGUGGCCCAACUGAGCUAAUCACUGAGAAAAGGGAAACUGAGGCAGGUCCUUAGAUGUGGGGAGAAAUAGACUGAGCCCAGUCUCCCAAAACCUGCACCCCAAGCUAUGAAGUAGCCUUCCCUUUGGAGGGGUCAAGACAGGUAAAGGAUAAGUGCUAAGUACCACAGUGGGAUGCAGCCCGCACCCCUCCAGUGUAACACCCCCUCCCCUGUGUUGUGAGGAACCCUGCUUGCUAUCCAGGAGCAGGGUGCUGAGCCCAAAUGUGCCACAACUGAGUUGAGCAGUCCCUGCCCUGCUAGCUUGGUUAUCGACUGUCACAUGGGGAGGGAGCCACACCCCCACCUCCUUUUCCAUUCCUCUGGAUUUGUUGCUAUUUUGCACUCUUAACCACCCACCAAUAAAGAUUGUCUACACUG